ACAAACUCAAUAAUUACCGCCGCAACAGAUCAUCUUCAAAAACAAAUAAAAAGUUAAAAAAAAAUGUUUUACAGUUAAUAUAUAUAAUAAAAAAAAUUAAUUCAUUCCCACUAUAUAAGAUGUCAUUUGUAAAAUUAAUUGAUAAUGAGCAUAACCAAUCUAUAAAGUUUAUUGAGUCUCUUCUCAGUCAUGAAGAAGAAAUUCGUUUAAAAUCGUUUUGCUUUUCUUUGACAAAAGAAGAACUCGAGGGAGAAAUAAUAGAUAUGCUUAAGAGAUUUUUAGACGAAAAGUGUUGUCCUAUGUUUCUUUCUGCAUCUUUAAUAAAUCUUAUCAAAGUCAGAUUUUUAACAGAAGAUUUAUCUGGUUUUGCACUGAGGCAGAUUUGUGAAGGUGAUAUUUUAGAAUAUGAUGCUGCCAAGUUGACUUCUGGUUUGAAUGAGGCUGUGAAAAAUGUUUUAAAUGAAAUACUAUUAAAAAGAAUGCAAUUAUAUCGUCAUCAGCAUGUGCGUCAUUAUUUAAUAAGUGAUUUUUCAAUAAAAAAUAUGAGGCGAAACAUGGAAGAUAGGCAUAUUGCAUUUACAGACAUUAAUACACUUUUUGGACUUAAUGAAAUAGAUUGCAGCCAAUCAUUAUUUGCAGUAUUUGAUGGGCAUGGUGGUAUAGAUGCUUCAAAUUAUGCAGCAUCACAUUUAUUAAUGAAGUUAAAAUCAUCAAAGUUUUUGUUAAAUAAUCCUAGCAUGGCUUUAAAAGAAGCAGUUAUGCAAACUGAUGCAGAUUUUUUAAGCAAAUGUAAACGAGAAAAGCUUCGUUGUGGUUCCACAGCUGUUGUUGUGUUAAUCCAAGAUCAAAAUUUAACUGUUGCAUGGCUUGGUGACUCUCAAGUUGUGCUGUGUAAAGGGGGAAAUGCUGUUCAACUUAUGGAUCCACAUAAACCAGACAGAGAGGAUGAGCGGCAGCGCAUUGAGACUUUGGGAGGAUGUGUUGUUUAUUUUAAUGGUUGGAGAGUUAAUGGUCAGCUAUCUGUUUCACGCGCUAUUGGAGACUGUGAUCAGAAACCAUUCAUUUCCAGUGAACCUGAUGUAGAAGAGUAUGAAUUGGAAGGAGAUGAGGAAUUCCUUAUUCUAGCUUGUGAUGGUUUGUGGGACAAUGUUGAGCCAGUUGAGGCUGUCCAGUUGGUUAAUGUCUGCAUAAAAAAUGGCUCUCGUAGCUCUGCUGCUGAACAGCUCGUCAUGCUUGCCAAAAAAAAUAAGUCAGAAGAUAAUAUCACGGUGCUGAUUGUCUACUUAGAUGUUCAAGAAAUCUCUUCAAAGAUUCACAGUUGAUAUUUUUCAUUGUUUCAAUUUUUCGUUUUUUCUAAACUGUAUUUUUUUUUACGUCAAGUUUCUCGUGAGCUUAGUUUAUAUAUCUAAUAAUAAUUUCUGUUCUCUUACUUUGCAGUAGCAUCAGUUAACUUUUUAUAUAUAUUAGUUGCAUUUUUUCCAUGUAUUAUAUUUAUUUGUAUACCUUUCAUACUUUUUAAACAACUUUUUAUGCGAGUUUUCUAUUAUAUAGAACGCAUUUUUAAAUUUUUUUAUACGAGUUUUAUAGUUUUUUAAAACUUUUUAUGUGGAACCAAAAAAAAAUAUACUUACAUUAGAAGAUAUUAUAGUAUCUUACAUACAUCUCACACAUCCAUAUAAUUAGAGCUUUACAUUUUAUUUUGUGGUUACUAUUUCUACUAAUAUAUUAUGGUUACCUUUUUAUAACAAAAAUAUUUGUAUGAUAUAAAAAAUAUUUUUAUCCGAAUCCCGUGGAAAAUAUAUACCCUAUUUAAAUAUAUAUGAUACUCAACUA